AUGAACAAGCUAUAUAUUGGAAAUUUGACUGAGAACGUGACCGCAGAGGACUUGGUUAAAACCUUUGAAGAUUACAAGAUUCCAUACUCUGGGCAGUUUCUCAUGAAAACUGGCUAUGCGUUUGUUGAUUGCCCGGACGACCAAUGGGCAAUGAAAGCGAUUGAAGCAUUUUCUGGUAAAGUGGAACUUCACGGCAAACGAAUUGAGGUCGAACAUUCUGUCCCUAAGAAGCAGAGGACCAGAAAACUCCAGAUCAGAAACAUUCCGCCACACCUACAGUGGGAGGUUCUUGAUGGUCUACUCGCCCAGUAUGGAACUGUUGAAAACUGUGAACAAGUGAACACAGACAGUGAGACUGCAGUUGUGAACGUCACAUAUGGGACCCGGGAACAGGCUAGACAAGCUGUCCAGAAACUCAAUGGCUACCAGUUUGAGAACAAUGCUCUGCGCGUGUCAUACAUCCCUGAUGAGAACUCUGAGGUCGACUCUCAACAAGGCCCAGACAACGGCCGUCGCCCUGGAUACGGUCCACGAGGCAACUCUCGCCAGAUGUCGCCCGGUUCUGGAAAUCCCUCCAAACACCAGCAUGCAGACAUCCCUCUCAGACUGCUGGUGCCAACGCAGUACGUGGGUGCCAUCAUCGGCAAAGAGGGUGCCACCAUCCGCAACAUCACCAAGCAAACUCAGAGCAAGAUUGAUGUGCAUCGCAAAGAAAACGCCGGUGCUGCAGAAAAGCCCAUCAGUAUCCAUUCGACCCCAGAGGGAUGUUCAGCUGCCUGCCGUAUGAUCCUGGAAAUCAUGAUCCAGGAGGCAAAGGACACCAAAACUGCUGAUGAGGUGCCUCUGAAGGUUCUUGCUCACAACAACUUUGUUGGACGUUUGAUUGGCAAAGAGGGACGCAACCUGAAGAAAGUGGAGCAAGACACUGAUACCAAGAUCACCAUUUCACCACUGCAGGAUCUGUCCCUUUAUAACCCAGAGAGAACCAUAACAGUGAAGGGUUCCAUUGAAGCGUGCUGCCUGGCGGAACAGGAGAUCAUGAAGAAAGUGCGAGAGGCGUAUGACAACGACAUCGCUGCCAUGAAUCAACAGACUCAUCUGAUCCCUGGACUAAACCUAGGAGCCAUUGGCCUCUUCCCACCAACCUCUGCCAUGCCUCCGACCGCCCUCGGAAACUCAAUGCCUGGCCCCCCUUAUGGUCCUGUUGGCGCCUCUGAACAGGAAACUGUCCAUGUGUACAUCCCAGCCCAAGCCGUGGGAGCCAUUAUUGGCAAGAAGGGACAGCAUAUCAAGCAGCUGAGCCGUUUUGCUGGGGCUUCUAUUAAGAUUGCACCUGCAGAGGCGCCAGACUCAAAAAUGCGAAUGGUCAUUGUUACAGGACCACCUGAGGCCCAGUUCAAGGCUCAAGGCAGAAUAUACGGUAAGCUGAAGGAAGAGAACUUCUUUGGGCCCAAAGAGGAGGUGAAGUUAGAAACUCACAUUAAAGUAGCAGCUGCUGCAGCAGGAAGAGUCAUCGGAAAGGGUGGGAAAACCGUGAAUGAGCUGCAGAACCUCACUGCUGCUGAAGUUGUGGUUCCCAGAGAGCAGACCCCUGAUGAACAUGAACAGGUUAUCGUCAAAAUCAUCGGACACUUUUACGCAAGUCAGCUGGCACAGAGGAAGAUCAGGGAUAUUUUGACACAAGUUAAGCAGCAGCAGAAAGGAGGAAUGGGAGGUCCACCGGGACCCCAACCACAGGGCGUGUCUGAGAUGGAGCCCCCACAGGGGCUGGAACAAGAACCCAAGAGGAAGUGAGAGGCCGGGGCCCUUAGCCAGUCAGACGGACAGACAAAUGGAGGACAAACGAGAGGACUGACUGAGAGAGUGACACACAGACCCAGCGGUAGAAAGGGAGAAAUGAGCAUCAAACUGAGAGGGAAUUAAAAAGAAAAACGAAAAGAAAAAAAAAAUGCCUGAGAGAGGACAAAAGUCUAGAGAAAAUGAAAAGGAACAAGAAAUUAGAGUGAUUUAAAAAAAAAAAAAAAAGAAGAGAAGAGAGAUAACUAGAAAACAGAAACCAGAUGCCAGGCCAGGUGGAGUGACUGAGGAUGACAAGGAGGUGGGACGCCCUCUAGUGAGAGCUUUUUAGAUAGCAGCAUAUUAGGAAAGCGCAGAUCCCUCAGAAGGGAUGUGUGCAACUUGGGAUCCUCCGCCAUCAACAGUCACUUCAAAAUGUUUAACUAUGUUUUAAGAUAGAGAUAUAUGUAUAGAAAUGUUUAUUCAGAGGUAUUAUUAAUGAAAUGCAGUUAGGUAGAGAUGGGAGAGAGAGAGAGAGAGUGGAGAAACCAAUAAUUCGGUGGGCGGAGUCACCAAUCAGGUGACUUUAACCUACCUAUCAGAGACAAUAGGAGGGGCCAAAGUUGUUAACACUGCUCUUGAAGUCCCUCACAGUAAAAUGUGGGGGUUAGAAGAUGAAAAAAAAAGAUGAGGUUGUAAAUAUAAUCUUCAUGACUUGAAAUGCUGCACGUUUAGCUGCCUGCAAUCAUGCACCUGGCUUGAGAGGAUGUUUUGAGUGGUUAGUGGCAAUUUUUGAGGCUUGCCUUUCAAGCUGGUUACUGAUUGGCUGGCAGGGCAUGCAGUGA